AUGGUAGCCACCUCGGUGGCACCCGAAAGGGCGCAAGAGGUUGCGUCGGCGGCAGUGUCAGAAACAGUGUCAGCUAUGUUCGACAGCGCGACCACGAUGGCAGUAGCCGCCGUCGAGAGACCCGUGCAGCAGGUGCUGGCCCCAGCGACAGCUUCGACAUCCUCGGGUCACGAAACAGCCGUCGUCCCGCCACUGCUCUCUGACGCUCCCGAAUUGUCGAAGGACCGUGCCAUCAGCAUUAUCGAGCUGUCCGGACGUGAUCGCGAGGAUGAAGAGAGUUUUGGGGGUGAAGAAGGGACGGCGUUGAAGCCUCCGGCAGAGGCUCUGCUCUCUCCUCCCCCCCAGCACGUGAGAAACGAGAGCGAUACUCCUGUAAAGGCGCCUAAUAGGAGCAGGACUAGCCGGGGAGAUGACGACGAUGCGUUGGUGAUCCCCGACGUAGAUCGUCCCAUUAAUGACGAGGUCAACAAAUGUGAUGACGCGGAGGGAGCCCACCCGGAGAAGUACGAACGCAAAGGCAUGCGCGAUAAACAAGGAGGUGGCGCGCGCCAGGAAGACACGCAAGAACGGGUCGGCAACGGGAAAGCGCAAGACGACAGCACAGAGAGACAGGGAGGACGAGAGAACAAGGUAGACUUCGGGGAGGAAGUCGGGUCGUCAAAGGAUGGCGAUGGCCAAAUGUUGCAUCAUUCCGGGCCCGAAGACGGACCAACUGUCUUAGUGUCGGGAGUGAGAAAGGGUGCGGUCGUACAGGUUGUCGAAAGGUUGCAUCCGUCGUACCAGCUGAUCGUCUCGGUGAGGCUGGCUGCGAGCGCUCUGUCGUGGGUGGAGCGGAAUGGCACGCUUGAUGAAAGCAAGAGCAGCCACCGUCAAAGAGGUAGAACUGCAACCUCCGAGGAAGGAGGCAACCCGGUGAACGAGUACGGCAAAGCUACCGUAGCAGCAAGUCUGUCCCUCGGAAAGUCGGAGAUAAUGGGAGCUAUUGAGAGGCCCGCCACCGCCGCCUUACCAAAAAAGACCCCGCCGCCUCACUACUCAGAGGCUAUGAAAUUCUACGCCGCAACGCAGCGCUCAUCACCGACACCGAAGACCGGUCCUGCGCAGCACCACCAUCAAAGAACGCCAUCCUCUCGAGAGGCGGCAACAAGACAUGUGCCGUCAGGCUCUGUCAUAUCGAGUGGCGACGCCUCCUCGUUCUCUUCCGACGGGGACGCUAGCCUUGGGCCUCCUCCGAGCUACCACUCCACAGCGUCGGGUGGAGGGACAGCCCGCUCCUCCUCGGCGUCCGCGGAGGGAAUGGAGGAUGAGAAAGACCGCCUCGCAAGGGACCUACCGCCUCCUUCGUACGGGAGCCCAGACGCACAACCCGAGAAACAGCUGGGAACGCACCGAAGGCCCAGUUCUUCAGACGGCGGUGGCGGCGGUAGCGGUAGCAGUAGACUGUGGGCGUCCGGCGGUGGGACUAUCGAGAGAUUGGGGACUGACGACGGUGACCGGGGAUCGGUAAGAGGAGGAGCAGGAGCGUCCAGGGGGCGGCGACCUCCGCACGAGGGGAGGGGAGGGUGGACGAGAAGCCCGACAGCCUCGGGUGGUACCAGGCCAAUGACAACCAUGGCCGUCUCGCGAGGGAAGAGUAGGCAUGGAACCAAGGAUGCCACCACCGGCUUGCCAUUGAGGGAGGGCCGACGGAGGGCAGAAGCAGCUGCGAACGCUGCCGAACGAAGGGCAUGGAAAACCGCCGACGUCAGCACCACCAACCGGGUGCUGGAUCUCAUGCUGGUGACGGAGAGGGUUCGCCAGGAAGAGCAGAAGCGACGCGUCGCUGAGGCCAGCGCAAACAACCAGGUGCAGUGGGGGGGAAGAGGACGGGAGGGCUGCGCGAGGGCGAAAUGA